UGAGGGCGAGCGGCCGGGGGUGGAGCCUCGGGGACCCGUCGGGGCUGGGCCGCGGGGAGGCGAGAGGCAAGCGACUGAUUGUUCCGCCGCGAGGUCGGCUGGGCUCUCGCCUCGCUGAGGAGCCGCGCACAGCCCGGAACUGCGCGCGCGCGCUCUGCCUAAGGCGUUGGGACAGCCAGGCGCACGGGGCCCUCGAAGCAGUGCGGGGGUGACCGUGCCGUCCAGCCCGGAGUCGGCUGCCGGGCGCUCCGAGCCGAGAGGAAGAUGCAUUCGGGCGCACAGCUCAGGCUGCGAGGCUGAGCGCUUUCUGUGCAGCAGAGGCAGCCGCACUGCCCUCGGCCGGCGGCGGCGGCAGUUGGCGUGCGCGGGGGCUCAAGAUCCGGCCAGGAGCGCGGCGGGAGGACGAGGAGAGCCGGCCGAGCAGCUCUUGCCCGGAUCCGUGGGCUUCGCAGCGAGCACAGCCGGGUCGGCCCGGAUGGGCGCGGGGCUCGCGGCCCCAGCCGGGCGCUGCGGAGCGGUCCGGGCACCGGGGGCCCGCUGAGCGCCGGAGCCGCGGCAGCGGGGGAAACUUGUGCGGGCGGCCAUGCCCCGGCGCGGAGCCUAGUGCCGAGCGGAGCCCCCGCGGACCAGCCGGUGCCUGCGGUCGUCCGGGACCUCGCAGCCCCCGCGCCCCGAGUUCGCCGCGCGUUCCAGACAAGAUGGCGCGGCCGGUCCGGGGAGCUUUCGGGGCCCCGCGCCGCUCGCCCUGUCCUCUCCUGUGGCUGCUGCUGCUGCUGCUUCGGCUGGGGCCGGCGACGGCUGCGGCCGGCCCGCGCCCGCCCUGCGCCGCCGCCUGCACUUGCGCGGGGGACUCGCUGGACUGCGGCGGGCGCGGGCUAGCAGCGCUGCCUCCGGACCUGCCCGCCUGGACGCGGAGCCUAAACCUGAGUUACAACAGACUUUCUGAGAUUGAUCCUGCGGGCUUUGAGGACUUGCCGAAUCUACAGGAAGUGUACCUCAAUAACAAUGAGCUGACAGCGAUACCGUCCCUGGGUGCUGCUUCAUCCCACGUCGUCUCUCUCUUUCUGCAACACAAUAAGAUUCGCAGCGUGGAGGGGAGUCAGCUGAAGGCUUACCUUUCCUUGGAAGUGCUGGACCUGAGCUCGAACAACAUCACGGAGAUCCGGAGCGCCUGCUUUCCGCAGGGGCUGCACAUCAGGGAGCUCAACCUGGCAAGCAAUCGCAUUGGCAGCCUGGAGUCGGGAGCGUUUGAUGGCCUGUCCCGGUCGCUGGUAAUGCUUCGCUUGAGCAAAAACAGGAUCACCCAGCUUCCUGUGAAAGCAUUCAAGUUACCCAGGCUGACGCAACUGGACCUCAACAGGAACCGGAUCCGGCUCAUCGAGGGCCUGACGUUCCAGGGGCUCGAGAGUUUGGAGGUGCUGAAGCUGCAGCGAAACAACAUCAGCAAGCUCACUGACGGGGCCUUCUGGGGCCUGUCCAGGAUACACGUGCUGCACCUGGAGUCCAACAGCCUGGUGGAGGUGAACAGCGGCUCGCUCUACGGCCUGUCGGCCCUGCAGCAGCUCCACCUGAGCGGCAACUCCAUCACCCGAAUCAACCGUGACGGCUGGAGCUUCUGCCAGAGGCUGCAGGAGUUGGUUUUGUCCUUCAAUAAUCUCACCCGGCUGGACGAGGAGAGCCUGGCAGACCUGAGUAGCUUGAGCAUCCUGCGCCUCAGCCACAACUCCAUCAGCCACAUCGCAGAAGGCGCCUUCAGGGGACUCAAAAACCUGCGUGUCUUGGAUCUGGACCAUAACGAGAUUUCGGGCACAAUAGAGGACACGAGUGGCGCCUUUACCGGGCUUGACAGUCUCAGCAAGCUAACUCUGUUUGGAAACAAGAUCAAGUCCGUGGCUAAGAGAGCCUUCUCAGGGCUGGAGGGCUUGGAGCACCUGAACCUCGGAGAGAAUGCAGUCAGAUCUGUCCAGUCUGAUGCCUUUGUGAAGAUGAAGAAUCUCAAAGAGCUCCACAUCAGCAGUGAUAGCUUCCUGUGCGACUGCCAGCUGAAGUGGCUGCCCCCGUGGUUACUGGGCCGGAUGCUGCAGCCCUUCGUGACAGCCACCUGUGCCCACCCGGAAUCCCUGAAGGGCCAGAGCAUUUUCUCUGUGCCGCCGGAGAGUUUCGUGUGUGACGACCUACCGAAGCCACAGAUCAUCACCCAGCCAGAGCCCACCAUGGCCGUGGUCGGCAAGGACAUCCGCUUCACGUGCUCGGCAGCCAGCAGCAGCAGCUCCCCGAUGACCUUUGCCUGGAAGAAGGACAACGAGGUCCUGGCCAAUGCCGACAUGGAGAACUUUGCCCACGUGCGCGCGCAGGACGGGGUGGUGAUGGAGUACACCACGAUCCUGCACCUGCGCCGUGUCACUUUCGGGCACGAGGGCCGCUAUCAGUGUGUCAUCACCAACCACUUCGGCUCCACCUACUCACACAAGGCCAGGCUCGUCGUGAAUGUGUUGCCAUCAUUCACCAAAAUACCCCACGACAUCGCCAUCCGGACGGGCACGAUGGCCCGCCUUGAGUGUGCUGCCACCGGCCACCCCAACCCCCAGAUCGCUUGGCAGAAGGAUGGAGGCACAGAUUUCCCCGCUGCUCGCGAACGACGCAUGCACGUCAUGCCCGAUGACGACGUGUUUUUCAUCACGGACGUGAAAAUAGAUGACAUGGGGGUUUACAGCUGCACCGCCCAGAACUCGGCCGGCACCGUUUCAGCCAAUGCCACUCUGACAGUCUUAGAAACCCCGUCCUUGGUGGUGCCUCUGGAAGACCGUGUGGUGUCCAUGGGAGAAACGGUGGCUCUCCAGUGCAAGGCGACCGGGAGCCCUGCGCCCCGCAUCACCUGGUUCAAGGGGAACCGCCCUCUGAGCCUCACCGAACGCCACCACUUCACCCCCGGCAACCAGCUGCUGGUGGUUCAGAACGUGGUGGUGGAGGACGCGGGCCAGUACACCUGCGAGAUGUCCAAUGCCCUGGGCACGGAGCGCGCCCACAGCCAGCUGAGCAUCUUGCCCACUCCUGGCUGCAGGAAGGAUGGGACCACCGUGGGCAUCUUCACCAUCGCUGUGGUGUGCAGUAUUGUCCUGACGUCCCUGGUCUGGGUGUGCAUCAUCUACCAGACCAGGAAGAAGAGUGAGGAAUACAGUGUCACCAACACAGAUGAAACCAUUGUGCCACCAGAUGUUCCAAGCUACCUGUCUUCUCAGGGGACUCUUUCUGACCGACAGGAAACUGUGAUCAGGACUGAGGGUGGCCAUCAGGCCAAUGGGCACAUCGAGAGCAACGGUGUCUGUCCAAGAGACACAAGCCUCUUUUCAGAGGUGGACACUCAUGGCAUGACGUGCAGGCAGCCCAAGCCCUGUGCUGGUUAUAACAAGGAGCCCUGGGCCGUGACUGAGAAAGCCCAGCGGAGACCUGGCCCACAGAAGAUGGAGCACAGCAGCCUGGUUGUGUGCGGUGACUACACCACUGACCCGGACAGCAGUUGCAAGGAACAAGCGUCCCGUCCUCAGCCUGUGCCCAGAGACCAUACACAGGCAGGUACGCUAAGCGGCCCGGAGCCCAGUCAGAGUGACCGAGAACAUUCUCCGCACCAUCUGACCGGUGGGACUGUUGACGGGUCCCGCGCCGACUGCAGGGGGUCCCUCUACCCCAGUAACCACGACAGAAUGCCAGCCUCCUUGAAGAAAAAGCCCACAGCACCUCUGGAUGGAAAAGGGGCGUCUUCUUGGACUUUAGCAAGGUUGUGUGAGUCAGACUCCGUGGACCUCCAGCCCCCCUUGACAUUAACUCCAGGCAGUCCUGAGCUCACAGAAGCCUCCUCGGGCUGUCCCGACAUCCCCGGCGAAGGCCAGCACUUGCUUCUUUACAAUGGACACCUCCCCAAAGCAUGUGACUCCAGUCCCGAGUACCCACCACUGACAGGACAGCCGCCUGGGAAACGGGGCGUGCCCCUGCUCUUUGCACCGAAAAUCUAGGCUUUGUCUACCUCAGCUCUUGUGUCCGUCUCUACAGGAAGGAGGUAGGAGAGGCUGUGAGGAAGCUUGGGUUCAAGCGUCACUGAUGUGUACAUAGGUUUUAAACUUCCAUGUGGAGUAUCCGUAGUGUAAAGGACUUGCAGCCACAGCACAGAACUGCCAGAGGCUGUUGUGUACAAAACAGAAAAGUAUUUGAUACCAUUGUACAUAAGAGUUUUCAGAGAUUUCAUAUAUAUUAUAUAUCUUUUGCAGAGGCUAUUUUAAUCUUUAGUGCAUGGUUAACAAAGAAAUCAUACAAUUUUGACAAUAUUAUUUUUCCUAUCAGGUUGCUGUUUAAUUUGGGGAGGGGGGAUGGUUCUGGUGCCUUAAUGCAUGGAUGGAAUUUCUAGAAGCUAAAAACCGCAUUUGCUCCCAGGAGUUUCUGGUGGGUGGGAAGGAUGGAAAGUCCUUGGAUUCGUAUUGCACUUCACAGGACAGACCCCCUAGCCUGCUUUCCCGCCACAGCCGUCGUCUGCGUGGGAAUGAACUUCCUGUCAGUAUUGCUCCUGUGUGGAGGCUGUUGGAGCUCACCCCCCCCACCCCCCGCAGAGUCCCGAGACGCCCGCGUCACGUACCUUUGCCAUAUGUGACUUUUUUCUUGUAAGUUCCUCGCCAAGCAGAAGGGGGGUGAACCCACCACAAGCAUUUGUUCCAAACAACUGAGCACUGCCUUUCUUCCUUCCGUGAGAAAAGCGAAUGUGGUGGUUGUAUCACUCGAUUGUCAUUUGAGGCUUUUUAAUAAGAUAGAGGCUGCUGGUGUUGGUACCUGUGGAUUUUUUCAAUAGUGCUGUUUUAGUUCUGCCAAUAUCCUUAAUACUGUGUUGACCGCGGGGGAGGAAAAGGAUCGAGUCCUUACUUUUCAGGGCUAGCUUCUCUCUACUGAGGAUCCGGGGCAUGUCUGUCCACACCCUUCCCUCCCAUAGCCGACCCGGGCUGGGACUGUACGAGGUUAGGCCCCGCACCUGGGUAUACUUGCACUUUUGAGACCCGAAGCUAACCAUCUUGUGAGUGCCAAUGUGUAGUUCAGGAAAACUGACAUUGAAACAAGGUCCUUAAGAUCUCGGAAAGCAAGUUCCUUUAGCGAAAAGGCUGAAGGCAGAGAUUGACAAAAGGGUUGUUAAAUUUCACUGUCUGAUGUCAUCACUGUUGCAAAAGGUAAGCACAUUUAGAAUUGUGUUCUCAACAGUCAACUGAUUCAUGUUACUUCCACAAAAUAUGUGAAUUUGCUGCUUCUGAGAGGCAAUGUGAAAGAGGAAGUAUUACUUUUAUGUACAAAGUUAUUUAUUUAUAGAAAUUUUGGUACAAUGUACAUUGAAAAACAUGUAAAAUAUUGAAGUGUCUAACAAACGGUGUUGCAGUGUCUUUAAUAAAGGUUCAUUUAUAAACGUU